UCGAAGUGUUGGCAACACUGGGUGUGACAGCUGAUUGAGAAAAACAUCAACUGGCCAGGAGAAAGUUGUGAAAUACCGAGGAAAAACCCACUCUUCCGGAGUGAAAACACCCAAAUUCGCGAUGGAUAGUGACCAAGUGAAUACAGAACUAGUUGACACGAUAGUGCGUGAAGUGAAAUCGCAGGGACUCUUUGAUCAAUUCCGGAAAGAAUGUCUAGCUGAUGUUGACACCAAACCAGCUUACCAGAAUCUCCGGCAACGGGUUGAGAAUGAAGUCAACACCUUCCUGGAGCAGGAAGAGUGGCGAGCUGAUGCCAAUCGCAUUCAGAUGAGGGAGAAAUUGCGCAAGAACAUCAUUGGGUUGAGCUUCCUGGAGACAGGUGUUGACAGGAUUGUGGAUCAAGUGGUCAAUCCCAAAAUUUCCACAGUCUUCCUGCCACAAAUUGAGGAUGUGGUGUACAAAUAUUUGGGCAUUGAGAAGCCUCAGGUGAAACCCAAGGAGGAAUCACAGGUAAGUGCUGCCCAGAAUGGUGAGAUGAAGAUGGAUUUGUUGCCGACGGAUCUGCUAGAGGCUGUUAGUCCAGAUUCCACCCAAUCAGACAAGUCAAAGUUCUCAGGUGAGGAAAUUAAAGAAGAAAUAACGGAGGAAGAAGUCGUUCCGGAAUUGAAUGAAUCGGACGACAGGAUUGACGAUGAGGAAUCUCCUCCUUUUGAGCCACUGGAAGGACGUCCAGCCAGCUCACUGAAGAAGGAGGAGGAUGAGAGUCAGAGCUCUCAUGUGUCCGGAAUAAGUGGCCUAACAUCCCAGGAUUCAGUUUUUAGUGGAAAGAAUCCUGCGGAACCCAUGGAAGUAGAUGAAGUGAAGCCAGAAGAACCUGAACAGCCCGAAGAGGUGAUGCAACCACCCCGGAUUGAUCAGAUGGUGGAAAAAUCGGAAGUACCUGAACGGACGGUGUCUGAUGUCGUGGAAGCCAUGGAAGUUGGCAAUCAAGAUUCACAGCUCUCUCAAGUCUCCAGCAACAGUCGCCUCUCCAUUGUCACCAAUGAGAGUGACUCCAAGGACGGCAGUCUCAAGAUUGACCUCUCCGAGGAAGCCCAAAUGCCAGAAUUCUCCGAGAAUCCGGAGAAUUCUCACUCCCCAAAGCCAGAAAAACUCACGACAUUUGACAUCAAGAAGGAUGAAAUUAAAUUCGAACAGGCGAGGAUUUUUGCACAGCCUCCAGAACCUGAAAAUCCUCCUCCUCUUCCUCCAUCGCCGCCUCCACAGCUUCCUGCUCCCCCAGAAACGGAACCAGCAAAGACAGAAGCUAAAGAAGAAGUAUCUUCAACUGUGGAAAAGAAGCCUGAAAACCCAGAAGACCGAGAAUCCCGGAAGGACAAACUCCACACUUCUGACAGGAAAAAAUCCAAAAAGAGUUCACGAUCCUCCUCCUCGCAUCACAAUCACCAUCACAGGGACAGGAAUCGGGAGAAAAGCAGGUCAUCAUCUUCCCGGGAGAAGAGUUCAAAGCCUCCGGAACCCAAAACUGACGCCAAGGAGGAGGAAAACUCCUCCACGGCCAUUGACAGCGAUGCAAGUCCCGUGCUGCAAAUAGUCGAGGCAGAAACCCUCGAUAGCUCGGACUUGGCGAAGGCAUCGCCAUCUGACGGAAAAGAAAAAUCCGACGGGAAGUCCAAAGGAUCUUCCCAUCACAAAACUUCCCAUCGGGAUGACAAGAAAAGGAGCCACUCAUCCCACUCCAAGGAUUCCCAUCGCCGAGAUCAUCGUCGACACGACCACAGGAAAUCCUCGAGCCAGAAAUCUUCCUCCCGAAGCGACAAGAAACCCAAGGAAGAUUCCUCUUCUAAGAAAAAAGACAAAGAAACUGACGAUCACUCCAGUCAGCGUGAGAAAAACACCGAGAAACGUCGAUCAACAGACAGAGAUUCCAAUGAUGGGAAAAGUGGACCAAAUCAACCAACUCCCUCAGCUUCCGGAACUGAAAAAACCACAGCAAGUCAAUCAACUUCCUCCGCAGGAAGAGAAUCCAACACAACUUCAGUUUCAAAUUCUCCAAAAGACACAGAAACUAUCCAAGGAGCAAAACCCGAAGCCACUGUUGCCAGUUCUUCCAGUGAUCCCAGUGAGAAAGUCACCCUCCAGACCAAACCAAUCAUUGUGGAUCAGAUCCUAACAGCCAACAGCGAAAUAAAUCUCCAAAUGAUCGUCAAUAGAGCAUCAAAUGAUCCAACUCUGGCAAAAAUUGAGGAACUAGCCAAAAAAUCCCUGGCCAAGAAGAAGCCAAAAUUCGCCUCCAACUUCAAAGAGGCCAAGCGUCUCAUGAAGAUGCGCAAGAAAAUCGAUCAUGAGAGCAAGAAAAACAUGGAAAAAGCCAUGGUUCUGGCCAAGAACUACAUCAAUUCCAAAGCUGAAAACGAUCCAACAGUGUCGGAUCUCUCCCAAGGGAUUGAACUGGAAUUUGUUUGUAUAAAAUCUGACGGGAAGACAACAGCUGGACCAAUCAUCUCAAGUCCAGUCAAAGCAGAUGCUCCGAAGUUCCCACCAACUCCAGAGCCGGAAAAGAAGGAAACAUUGGCAGAUAGUGAGGACGAAGAUGAUCUUCUGUACUUCCCAGAUCCCCUUUCAAAGCACCCGGAGAGCCCCACGGAGAAAUGGUGGCGAGAAAAGGGUCAGAAGGUGUCAGAGGAGAAACCCAAAUCUGACCAGAAAACCAAGAAAACCCCCAAAAAUGGAUUUAUCCAUGCAAAUCCAAACAUAAGGACCAAGAGAUCACUGGAAUUAAAUGAUCUCAAAGGUGAUCUUCCGGAAGACAAACGAGUGAAACUCACAUUGAAUAAAUUCGGUGAUUUGAAUGGGAAUGAAGCCGUUAUUGAGGACAAGAAGAUCCCAAAAGUGAAGACCCCAAUCACACAACAACAACGCUACUCAAGUGAUGAUCUCUACAAGCCUCGACCAUUGAUCCAUGGACAGCGAAGCCGCCGACGGGGCCUUGAUACAUCAGACGGAGGAACAGCCUAGUGCCAGGUUCAAUUCCAGUUGAAGACACUUCCUCCUCCGAGAUUCUAAGGGGAUUUCCUAUACCACACGAUCACAAAGUUUAUUUUUUUUUCUUUUGUAUGGCGGUAAUAUGCAAUAAAGCACGUCAUUUUGUUUAUACACAAAA